AUGUCCUCCUCCCCCUCCACCUCCUGGACGCCCCCCAACGGCCAAAAAGCGCAGUAUAACCUGCACUGCCACUGCCGCGCAAUCUCCUACACAAUCACCCUCUCGCCCCCACUCUACACCAGCACCCCCAACCCCUCCGACCGCUGCGUAGCAGUCGAAUGCGCCUGCUCCUACUGCGCGCGCAACGGCUUGCUAACCGUGCACCCGCUCGCCUCAGACGUGCACUUUGACGCCGCAGGGUUGGAGUUUCGAGAGGAGUACUUGUGCGGGGCGAGGCGGGCGGCGCAUUGGUUUUGUAGGCGGUGUGGGAGUGUGUUGGGGACGGAUUUGAGGGGGGUGAUGAGGAGUCUGGGGGCGGAGGAGAGGGUGGGGAUCAAUGUGCGAAUGCUGGCCGAUUUCGACUUGAACAGGAUAGCGACGAGGAAGCUUACGGCUAUGAGGGAUGCGCCGCCGAAGUAUGAAGGUUGA